AUGAAGUCCUUCAUUGCAAGUUUAUUCGCGGCCUCUUUGGCCUAUGCCCAAACGGCCACGGAGAGUGAACCUUCCCUGUCAGACAUUGAAAAGGCUGCGGCUACCACAGAGCCAUACUCUCCUGUAUCCAAUGUGACUGGCCUGGCCUUUGACAGAUUCUACCAAGUUUGGUUGGAGAACAUCGAUUACUCGGAUGCGUCUGCCGAUGAGAACUACCAAUGGCUGGCCAAGCAAGGAAUCACUCUUACCAAUUUCUUUGCAGUUACCCAUCCCUCUGAGCCCAACUACUGCGCUUCCGCCGGAGGUGACACGUUCGGCAUGGACAAUGAUGAUUUCAACCAGAUCCCGGCCAACGUCUCGACCAUCGCCGACUUGUUCGACACUAAGCACAUUUCCUGGGGAGAGUACCAGGAACAUCUACCUUACCCUGGCUUUCAGGGAUACAACUACUCCAACCAGGAAACUUAUGCCAAUGAUUACGUGCGAAAGCACAACCCGUUGGUGCUAUUUGACUCGGUCACGAAGAACAGCACUCGUUUGCGUCAGAUCAAAAACUUCACCAACUUCGAGGACGAUCUAACCGAUAAGAAGCUUCCUCAGUACGCUUUCAUUACCCCCAACAUGACCAACGAUGCGCACGAUACCAACAUCACCUUUGCCGCUAAGUGGGAACGUACCUGGGUCUCCCAGUUGCUCGACAACUCCUAUUUUAUGGAAAACACUCUGCUUCUUCUCACUUUUGACGAAGACAAGACCUACCCCAAGGGAAACAAGGUCAUGAGCAUUCUAUUAGGUGGAGCCAUUCCUGACGACCUGAAGGGCACCACUGAUGAUACGUUUUAUACUCACUAUUCGAUCAUCGCUUCCAUGUCGGCCAACUGGGGUCUGCCAUCCCUUGGCCGAUGGGACUGUGGUGCAAAUAUCCUUGAGAUUGUGGCUAACAAGACUGGCUAUGUCAACUAUGAUGUUGACACUACAAACCUUCGUCUCAACGAGACAUACCCUGGACCUAUGUCCGCUGGCGAGUACUCCGAAUUCUCGCCUGUGUGGCCCAACGCCUUGACUAGCGGCAACUGCUCAGCUGGCCAUGGAAUUCUGGACAUUGUCAAGGAGACCUAUAAGGGAACCACUGCGACUUACAACUACACGAGCCCCUUCCCCUACGAUUCUAAGAGCGGCUACAACGUCAAGGUUACCGCAACUAGGAAGGGUGCCAGCAACAAUGGAUCUUCUUCCUCAUCGGCCCCUACGCCCAACGUUGCUAUUCCCUUCGGUACGCCCGCUGUCGGAUCGAUUUCCGGUAUGUUGGUUGGCCUUCUGUUUUGUCUUUUCUAG